AUGCUCUCAAAGACUGGUGGAGGGGCUAGGUUCAGCUGGCGUCUAACAGAGAGCUGGCGUCAGACAUCCCCGGCCAUCUCAGGUUUCAGCCAAAUUCAAACUCACCAGCUUCUAUUACUAUUGACUUUUAGGCCCAGAUCCUCCCGAUAUUGCAGCCAACCUCUCCUGUACAACCUGGUUGGGAAUAUCAUCUUUACCUUCUUCACAAUUGGUUUUACUGUGCUGUUUGUUCAGAUGGAGCCAGUGCCACGCACGCUGAAGUGGAUGUUUUCUGCAUUUGGUGUGGGAUCCUUCAGUGAAGGAGUCUGUACUGUGGUGUUAACAGUUUUGGCGCUCUUUCCCAUCUUGCAAGAUGGCGGGGGCAAGAGGGUGGUUUUCUUGAAGCAGCUGGCUAGUGGCUUGUUACUUGUGACUGGACCUCUGGUCCUCAAUCGAGUUCCUCUACGAAGAACGCACCAGAAAUUUGUCAUUGCCACCUCAACCAAAAUCGAUAUCAGCAAUGAAAAAACAACCCCUGAACUUUACUACUUGUCUGUGCUGCUGUCAGUGAGCAGCUUAGCUUCUACAGUGCUUUUCUCAUGCCUGGGGCUGAUCUGGCGGGCCAGGGUGACCUGUCGAAGGCCAGAUGCUAACCCAACAGUUUGA